GCCAUGGGAAAUCUAAUGUUAGGUAGCACUGACACUGCUCCGCCUCCUGCAAACUGGCAGCCGCUGUUUCUGGCAGCGCAGUCUGGAUGCACACAUUGAAUGAAAGUCAGUGUAGCAGGCUGUUGCCACCAGCAACUGAUAUCGGCUCCCCGUAAAGUUAUCUUAGUGUCUCGGCACCUGGCGAGACUGUGUUAGCAGAGAUAAUCUUACACAUUGGCAAAGACAGGUUCAGGACAUCUGUGGAAGGGGAAGGACCAUUGCCUGUGUGUGGCAAUGCAGCGGGUCACGGUGCAGCUCGUGGCCGGUCUGAUUGCAGCGGUGCUUUCGCUGCUUGCACAGCAGUGUUGGGCGGACGGCGGGGGCCUCAGCCUAGCGGAACGGGUUAUCUGGGCUGUAAAUUCCGGGGGUGAAUCGCAUGUAGACGUGCACGGUAUUCACUUCAAAAAGGACCCAUUGGAAGGGAAACUUGGUAAAGCAUCUGAUUACGGGAUGCGUCUGCCAAUACUGCGCUCCAGUCCAGAGGACCAGAUUCUGUAUCAGACAGAGCGUUACAAUGAGGACACUUUUGGAUAUGAUGUCCCCAUUCGUGAGGAAGGAGACUAUAUACUAGUUAUGAAGUAUGCGGAAGUUUACUUCGCCCAGUCACAGCAAAAGGUGUUUGACGUCCGUCUAAAUGGCCAUGUGGUAGUGAAGGACCUGGAUAUCUUUGAGCGAGUGGGUCACAGUACCGCUCAUGAUGAGAUAGUGCCCUUCUCUAUUCGACGUGGCAAGCUCAGCGUGCAAGGAGAGGUGUCUACUUUCAACGGCAAGCUCACUGUGGAGUUUGUAAAGGGUUAUUAUGACAACCCCAAGGUCUGCGCUCUCUAUGUAAUGAAGGGGACAUUAGAAGAUGUGCCAAAACUUCAGCCUCACCCUGGCUUGGAGAAGCCCGAGGAAGAGGAGGAAGAAGAGGAGGAUAGUGAGGGAGGCGAGGAAGGUGGGAAGAAAAAGGUCCCCGCAGGUUCCAAGAACAGGGUCCAGUCAGGCCCCCGAACACCAAACCCAUACGCAGCAGACAACAGCAGCCUAAUGUUUCCCAUCCUUGUGGCGUUCGGGGUGUUCAUCCCCACACUGUUCUGCCUCUGUCGGCUGUGAGCCACAACCAGCGAUUGAGGGGACGUCAAACAGACAAGAGACUAUGGAGAGGGGGAGGGGUGGAGGGGAGGGGUGGGGGGGUCAAGGCGACAACAGCAGCACAGGUAAAGGCAUACACCCAGGAGAGAGCUUGGAGAAAAUCUUGACGACGGAGGACAAAAAGAGACGAUAACUUUUCGGAAAGCCACUUCGCGAUGAAGCAAAUGCUGCCUUUCGAAAUUCUGCCGUUUGCGUUAGAGAAGGAGAUGUAAGAAGUGUAUGCUGUGCACUUCUAUGUGAAUGUGUUUCGCAUCCACCUCUGCUGACACUUUUGAACAAUGUUAGUCAUUUCCACUCCAGAGACUGUGCAGGGUUUAGCGAUGCCAGUCUUCACAGUUUGAAAGCCCAUUUCAGCAGCUAAGGGAUGCUCAGGAGUGAUUGGUCCGGGCCAGUUUUUAUAAAUUAAAAGCAUCGUUUUGUACUGGGUGUAGCAAGGAAGCCCACUCUGUUUGAUCCUCCUGCUCCGCAUCUGGUCACACACGUUACCUUCAAAUUGGAAUUGGUGCUGCUUAGAAAUUGGUUAAAUAGAAUAAGUUAGUGGAAACACAGUUGCCAUUUGAGAGGUUCCCAUUUUUCUUUUACUUAUCUUUUCUUUCUUCCUUCCACCCACUCAGAUCUAGUUAGUCCUUUUGUUGACGUGCCAUCUACUUGCCAUAAGUUGUUGAAGAAAGUAAUUGAACCAGCUCUGUAGCUGGUGGGAUUAUUUGCUGUCUGCUGUCUAAGACAGCUUGCCUUUACAUAAAUAUAGGUUGCUUGUAUGGUGGUAAUGCAUGACUUGUUUGGCAUUGUUCCACCCAAACAGUGUUCGAGGGCCAUUAAACGUGUCCUCAACAGUGA